ACGGCUGGUGAAGAAGAGGGAGGAGGUUUGGCGAUAGGCGGACGCGUUUGACUGUAGUUUCCCCAAACAUUGAAAGUCAUGGCUUCCUCCAUAGAGAGCUUGCUGCGGGAAAUCUCCGGCGUUGAAGACCCCGUUGAGGAGCUGCAGAGUUUGAAAACGGCGCUUUUGGCGAUACCUGUCAGUGCUUUGAGAGACUCGGUGAGCGGGCAGCGCUUGGACGGGAUUUUCACUCUGCUCAACACAAAUGACAGGGAGCAGAUCAAGCUAUGCGUGGACAUCCUCGAACGCAUCUUAAUGGCUCUCAGUCCUGCACAUGUGAUCCAGAACUACAGAGUGGAGCUGCAGGGGGGGUUGACGCAUCCUAAUGAAGGUGUUAAGAUACUGGCCUUGACACAGAUUGGAAGAAUUGUGGCGCACCCGGAUGCCGUUGCGGAAAUCCUCAACUACCAUGACAUCCUUCGAGGGGUGAUCCAGUGCAUCGGAGAAGAGAACAUGGCCGUGGCAAAACAGGCGAUCCAGGCCCUGUCUAAGCUGAGUCACUCCAAGCCUGGGUUAGACAAAUUAUUCAACAGUGACCUGCUUAAAGCCAUGAAGGACGUGAUGGCCAUAAGCGACAUUAUCAGAUACAGGAUAUACGAGCUUGUGGUGGAAAUCUCUUCCGUUUCACCCAUUUCUCUCGGUUACUGCGCCAACAGCGGCCUCAUUUCUCAGCUACUCGGUGAACUGACGGGCGACGACGUAUUGAUCAGGGCCACCGCCAUAGAGAUGGUGACCACCCUCGCCCAGAGUCAGCAUGGCCGGCAGUAUUUGGCCAAACAAGGAAUAAUGGAUAAGAUCGCCAACAUGAUCAGGGGAGCUGAGACUGACCCCUUCUCCUCGUUCUACCUUCCUGGUCUGGUGAAGUUCUUUGGGAACCUGGCCAUUAUGGACAGCCCACAGCAGGUGUGUGAAACCUACCCAGUUUUCCAGAACAAGGUAUUUGAGAUGGCUCUGGAUCCGGACCCUGCGAUGAUCGGGGUGGCUCUGGACACUUUGGGGUUGCUUGGAUCUACCGUGGAGGGGAAGCAGGUCCUGCAGAAAACAGGAGAGAAGUUCAAGUCCGUGUUGUCAAGAAUGAGCCAGCUGGCCAGUUCUGGAGCCACAGAGCUCAGAGUGCGCAGCCUGGACGCCAUAUCACAAAUUCUCACGCUACAGCCAGAGCAGCAGACAGAAGACCUCCUGGCCCUGACAGAGUCCUGGUUCCACGUUUUGUCUAAUCAGCCCAUGGACAUGAUUCAACACAUCAGCACUCAGCCGUUUCCAGAGCUUCACUGUGGGGCUUUGCGGAUAUUCACUGCCAUUGCUGCUCAACCCUGGGGUCAGAAGCUGAUGAUCCGCACCCCCGGAUUCGUGGAGUUCCUUCUGGACCGGACGACCGGACAAACGAAAGAGGCCAAAGAUGCUAAGUUUGAGCUGGUGGGUGCGCUUGUGAGUUCAUCCACGGCAGCAGAGAUACUGGGCAGUCAACACUACAUCCGCCUGAAGACUUAUCUCAAAGAAGGACCGUACUAUGUUUCAGCCGUGGCCGCUGUCGGCACAGAAGGAGCAGAAUGAGUGAAAUUAAACCAAGUGCUCUUCUUGGGCUUCUAGUUAAUGCUUAAGUAAUGGGGUAAGUGCCUGAGAGAUCUAACUGUGGGUUAAUAUAUUAUGCUCUGGUAAAAAAAAAACUCAUAAAGGAUUAACCGCCUAGUCUUCAUCUUCAGUUCUUUUCUUUUACUUUAUUUCCUAAGUCUUAUUUUUCUUUUCAAAAAAUCCUUAAGGUAAAAGUAAGACAUGAAAAUGAGUAGCACUGUCCAGUCUAAUUACCAUCAUUUAGUUCCAUUAUCUGACAGAAAAAUAUCGCAUCUGACCUUUUUUUUUUUAAAGACUUUUUUUUAUACAGUACAGAUGCAGAAGAAAUAAGAAAAUUGAAGCUAAAAUAACAGAAAGCAACCUGUACUUAACACAUUUAAGUAUCAACCCACUGCUUUAUAUGUCUAAUUUAACUGAGGAGCCCUACACAGUUCUCAAAACUAGCUGUGAAAUUAACCUUACUUAGGUAAUCAGAGGACAAGAAGGUUCUUAUUAAAGAUUUGGGUUAAUGUUAACCCAAAUAACCCAAUAACGUGUUGAGUUGUGGGAAAUGUAUUAUCUAAUGUUAGUUCGUAUCUCCAGUAUGAGGGAUAUUGUUUACUUUGGAUUUGAGCAUUUUGUUUAAAAAUCUUUUAUUAACAGAAUGUAAAGACACAAUCUUAUGCAACCUCCACAGCAGAGUCUACAUGGUAUGUUAACACAUGUUUAGAUCAAGUGUCUUUUUACCGACUACUUAAGCAGUAAUUAAAGAGCCUCAGAAAAACAUAAAAAUGUUUCCUUGAGAAAUUCACAUCACACAGAGACCAAAACAGAAAGUCGCAUUAGUCAAAGCUCCACUCUCCAAAAUCCAUCAGACAAAUGUUUGUAUUAUUUUUGUUUACUAAAUAGAUUUUUUUUAAAUUAAAGAGAUUCAAACUCA